GUCACGUGAGCUGCCACAAGGGUGCGGGCUUGGGUAUAGGCCCAGGAAGCACCCCUUGUGAAUGUGGGGUCCCCUCAAGAGCAAAGCCGACAGACAGGAAGACCCCUUCACCAAGCAGAUACAUACGCCGUCGGCCCGAGAAGGACCAGUUCAAGCGGAAGAGAGGACUUUGGACAGCGGUGCAUGGGUGGAGUUUUGUCUCAGCCAAGAACGUGCGCAGCGGAAUUGGAAUUCGACAGAGGGGGCGACCGGGGAGCUGUGCGAAACUGCGGAUCCGCUACCGAAGCUAUGAUCGACUCAGAUAGGUUCAGCAACGGGUUAGGAGCUUGGGAAGGCGACGAGGGUAUACAUCGGGUGGCCGUGACGGACAGCCUAUCGAAAAACGUUGCAUUUCCACGAACGAAUGGGACCCAUGUCGACGGCGGGCCCUCCACCUCCGACACUUCCCCACCGCCGCCAAGGCCACCGAAAUCGAAGCGAGGGUCCGUGUCGGCCAAUGACAGGCAGAUAUUUUGCAGUCCGGACAUCUACGACCGGGUUAUGGAGGUGUAUACGCAUAUCGUGGAGAAUGAAUAUAAGGGUGGAGCGAAUGGGAGGACGCCGACUGAGGAAUACAUGGUUUGCGACUGUACCUACGAACCAGGCCAAGAUAUGCAACAUCAAGCAUGCGGAUAUGACGCAAAUUGCAUAAAUCGCGAGCUAUACAUAGAGUGUGUCGCCGAUUCUUGUCCGGCCGGGCAGUACUGUCAGAACCAAAAGUUUCAGAAGCGUCAGUAUGCCCCUAUGGAAAUCUUCGAGACGGCCAAGAAGGGAUUUGGACUUCGCGCCACUGCACCCAUACGGGCGGGUUCCUUUGUGAUCGAGUACUGUGGCGAAGUCAUUACAUCGACGAUGUUCAAGAAGCGAACGCAGGAGUACGAUAAGGAGGGAGUGAAGCAUUUCUAUUUCAUGAGCUUGAAGGCGAACGAGUUCAUAGACGCAGGUCGAAAGGGCAACGUGUCUCGGUUCAUGAAUCACAGCUGCGAUCCAAACUGCGCGUUGCAUAAAUGGAUUGUUGGGGAGCGCUGGCGGAUCGGGAUGUUUACGUUAAAGGACAUUGCGGUUGGAGAGGAAUUCACGUUCGAUUACAAGUUCAAGAGAUACGGAGCGAAAGCGCAAUCCUGCUACUGCGGAUCAUCGAAUUGCUCUGGCUUUAUCGGAGGAAAGCAAGCUGAUGAGCUGGCGAUAGGGCAGAUUGCUGAUGAGGGCGGAGAUCUUGAAGACGACACUAUUGAGACAGCGAAGGCAAAUCGUCGUCCCAAGAAGGGAGGAGAUGAUUCGGACUAUGAGGGCGAUCUUGAUGCGAGAGCGGCGUCCGUUAGAGUGCAUACCAUGGAUGAUCUCAAGGUGUUAAUGCGCGCCCUUGUGCGGAACGUCAGUAACAGAAACCGACUUAUCGGAUUUCUGGAUGCUGUGGAGAGCCUCGAUGCCAACUUUCAAAGGCGCUUCAUAUGGAUCCGAGGGCUCACGGUACUCAAGUGGUGCCUAGACAGUUACAUUGGGCAAUCGGAGGAGAUCCCCAUCCAGGUUUUGAGAAUCUUGCGAGCGCUUCCUGUUGCUACGAGGAACGAGAAGCUGGAAGCGUGCAUUGUAAAAACCGCUGCGUUGCCGAACGUAGACAUAUCAACUGCAGCGAAAGAGCUGCUGGAGAAGUGGUCCACCUUGGAGAAAGCCUAUAAGAUCCCGAAGCGAGCCGUGCCAUUGCAGGCCACUGGAAACACGGAAGUUCCGAAGGACAGUAUUGCAAUACCGGAUGCCACCAACAGCAUACCCAAACGUUCCUACGAUGAGCAUGACGCGCGAAGGCCACCGGGCUCACCUCCAUCGAAAAGAUACAGAAAGGACGAACCAGUCAUCAAACAGGAAGAGCCAAAUCGGACACAGUUGGAAGACUCCAUACGCAGGCAUGACUAUCGGUCACAGCCCUCUUACUCAUCAUUACCAGGCCGCGAGAGCAUUGGGCCGCCAAGGCAUGGUGUUUAUCCCGAGCGAAGCGGAAGCUGGUCCUCAUCCAGCGCCCAGAUUGACGAAUAUCGCAGAUACCCCGAGCCCCACCGACCCGAGAUUCAUCGAGUGGAGCACUCCCGCGAUUACUCGUACCACAGCAACGAAACAUCCUACAGACCGUCAAGAUCCGAGUCGGAUAGCUACCAUUCAUAUGCACCGUCCAGGGAAGCAUACCGGAACGAAGACCCACGCGACCGCGAUCGGGACAGGGACCGGUACCGGGAACGGGAACGUGACCGCGACCGUGAUGAUCGACGACCACCACCUCCACCCUCCUUUGAUCCCGACAGUGCGCCGCCACUGCCGGCGGGGUGGAGCAGCACCAUCACCCCUGAGGGCGUUAUUUACUACUACGAUAUCAACAAUAAGACGCAGUGGGAAUUUCCGACGGCCCAAGCGAUUCCGAUUGAAGAAUUGCACAACGGGAUACCAGCGUCGCCAUCACAACCUACAGACAGUGCGCAUUCGCAUAGUCCGCCCCAGAGUGUGCUUGUAGAGCAACUCAAGCAUGGGGCCGGCGGGAGCUCCUUCUCUUCAUCGACCGAUUACCCGAAGAAAAGAAAACAAGCGGUUACUGCUUACGUCGUCAAAGUACUCUCAAGCCAUGACCUUCCACCAGAGAUCUUCAAAGAGCGAGCGAAGCAGAUUACUCGAGCGCUGGUUGAGAAGGAGAUAAAGCACGGCCAUUCGGCGCGCGACACCCUCUCUGAGAAGACGAAGGCGGGUAUCUCGGAGUACGUGAAGGGCUACUGCAAACGUCAUAAUUAUGCGCGCAAGACAAAGUCCAGUCGCAGUCGCGAUGCCGAUCCCGAGAUGCAGUAAAAUCGCCAAUCGGAACAACCUGCUACGCUCUUCGUGGGACUUUGCACGGCGAAUACUGCGGACUGUGACACAUAACUCCUCGACACACUCUCUUCCACAAAACCACCAUUUUGGUCCAUUUUAGAAUUAUGCGCGUCUCUCCUAUCGUGUAUCUUACUGGUUUGCCUUGGAGGCCUCACGACUCCUCGACUCCUCGCGCCAACCUACAUCGUCACCUACCCGAAUCCUGCCCCCCACUGUUUCGCAUUGCCCUCAUUUCAUGCGUUUGCUGUAUAUAUUUAUCCUCUCCUAGCGUUCGUAUACUUGCGGAGGGUAGGACCACUUCGGUGCAGGUGUUUGCGACUGCGGAAGAAAGUGACGGCGGCACACUGUAGUAAAUUGGGGCUAGAAGCUACGUUCUUCCUUGUACAUAUCGUAGGCGGUGAAUGAAUGUGUGGCAAAUCGCCAUUUUGGACGGUCGGAAGCA